AUGGACCCUGUCCGUCAUAUUUUUCUUCUUCUUCUGGCCUUCCACAAGAUAAACCCAUCAGUUUCAUCUUGCAUCACAGGAUGCUCUUGUUCUCAGGACAGCUUUGGAAGGAGUUUGCUCUGCAUGUCUGCACUGCUGAGGCAGAUCCCUGCAAACAUCCCUCAGGACAUCCGGAAAAUUAGAAUAGAAAAUUCUCACCUAACAGAAUUGCCUCGUGGCUCUUUUGAAAACGUUAGUGCCUUGGAGUAUCUGUGGCUCAAUUUUAACAACAUCACAGUGAUGCACAUCAAGAGCCUGGAAUAUCUCCCAGCUCUGAAGGAGCUGCGCUUGCAAGGGAACAAAUUAAGUUCGGUGCCAUGGACAGCAUUUCAAGACACCCCGACUCUGAAGAUCCUGGACCUGAAGCACAACCGGCUGGAUGUCCUUCCAGAACACGCACUCCGCUAUCUGCCCAACCUGACCUACUUAGAUCUAUCCUCAAAUCAGCUUACCAUCAUAUCCAGGGAUGUCUUCUACAACUGGCCUGUCUACCAGAGAAGCCAGAGGACGGAGGGGCCACUGGAAGCCAUUUCCAAUGCCGUCCUGGCCCUCCACGACAACCCCUGGAUUUGUGACUGCCGCCUGCGGGGAUUCGUCCAGUUUAUCAAGUCUGUGGGCCCACCUAUUAUUCUGAUGAAUUCCUAUUUAACUUGCUCAAGCCCAAAAUUCAGGACAGGGAAGUUUUUUCACGAAGUGGAGCUUAACAGCUGCACGAAGCCCCUGACCUCAGCCCUUGACACCAACCUGACAGUCCCGGCAGGGCUGAACAUCACCCUGACCUGCUUUGUGCAAGCCAGCCCUUCCCCAGCUGUCUGGUGGACCUAUGCACUCAAACUUUUAAGGGCAUUUAAUGUGUCCACGGAGCCCAUCAGCGAGGACACCGUGCGCUCGGAGCUGCUCAUCCCGGCGGCACGGCCAGCAGACGCCGGCAACUACACCUGCACAGCCGCAAACUUCCUGGGCAACACCUCGGUGGCCAUCAGCCUGCGGGUGGUGGCCCCGUGGGCCUCCACCACGGCCCGCGGCUGGGCGCCGGGCCCCGCGGAGCCGGGCGCUCACGUCGAGGUGCGCAUCGCCAAGCAGACGGUCUACGGCAUCACCCUCGAGUGGUUCGCGGCGGCGGCGGCGGCGGCCGAGCCGGGGGAGACCUGGUACACGCUCCUGGUGGGCCGCUACGACGCCGCCCAGAAGGACACCAUCUACAUCGGGCCCGGCGUCAACACCUACUCGGUGACCGACCUGCUGCCCGCCACCAAGUACGAGGUGUGCGUGGCCGUGCGCAACCAGGCUCCCCGCAAGGGCCAGUGCGUCGUCUUCGUCACGGGCAGCGACGUCAGCCAGAUGGAGCAGCGCGAGAAGCUGAUCCACAUCGUGGUGAUCGUGUGCGCCAUGGUGCUGGCCGUGCCGGCCGGCAUGUACGCCUGCACGGCCGAGGCGCUGCCCGGCUGCCUGGCGCGCUGCCCCAGCGCCUGCCCGCGCCGCCGCCGCGGGAGCCCGGCGCAGGCCGCGGGCAGCAAGGAGAGCACGCUGGACAGCCUGCCCGCCGGCAGCGAGGACGGGCUCUGCCGCUCCGACGGCGGCCGCGGCGCCCGGGACCGCGCGGAGCCCGGCAAGGCCCGGCAGCCCCACAGGAACAGCGCCGACCUCUACUAG